AUGCACUUCAAAGGCGGUGCCACGAAAUCUCCCCGACACAAGCGAAAGAAGCGCGACGGACGGCGCGCCAACGGGCUUGGCUUGGUGCCGCAAUGGGACGCCAACUCCUCGACCGUGCUGUUUCCAUCGCUCAAGCGGCCGACUCAUAUCCCCGUGGAACACAUCGCAAGCAAGCCACACAAGCGACAUCCAGUUCGACCUCUGCCGGCACAGAGUGACGCCAUGACAUUCUCGAAUCAAGCAUCGACUCCACGCACUGUCACGUCGCUGUUUCAGUCGGCGGACGAGGAAGCCACACCUGCCCCAGGAACAACCACCGACAACACGGGUCCCACGAAUCCCAGCUGCAGACGACCCAAGCCACGAUCAACGAGAAAGUCGUCAACCUUCGCGUGA